AAAAUGAGAAAAUAGAAACCGAGGAGUUCAAUGAAUGUUUAGGUAGUUUAGUUAGAGCUUACAUUCAAGACUGAAUCAAACUUUUCUUCAAUCUAAAAUCCAAAUGAAAGCAAAAACGGUUAAAGGAAAUUGGAGCUUCAGAACGAACAAGCUCACCUUCCCUUACGUUUUCCUCAUAUGCAUCUUCUUCUUCCUCGCUGGAUUCUUCGGUUCAACUCUCUUCUCUCACUCUCAGGACGGUGAUGGAUAUGGCUUGAGGCCGAGACAGAGGCUGCUUGAAUCGGCGACGGAGAGUAAGUACAAUUUGAUGACUGCCGGAGAGUUUGGUGAUGAUUCGAUUACUUCGAUUCCUUUUCAGGUUUUGAGCUGGAAGCCACGAGCUCUUUAUUUUCCUAAUUUUGCAACUGCUGAGCAAUGUGAAACCAUAGUUGCUGCAGCAAAGGUAGGCCUCAAACCAUCAUCAUUAGCUUUGCGCAAGGGAGAAACUGCGGAGAAUACCAAGGGAAUUAGAACAAGUUCUGGUGUGUUUAUUAGUGCUUCUGAAGAUAAAACAGGGACUUUAGAUGUCAUUGAGGAGAAAAUUGCGAGAGCGACAAUGAUUCCUAGGAGUCAUGGAGAGGCAUUUAAUAUCCUACGCUAUGAGAUUGGUCAAAGAUAUAAUUCACAUUAUGAUGCAUUCAAUCCUACUGAAUAUGGCCCACAAAAGAGCCAAAGGAUGGCUUCUUUUUUGCUGUAUUUAACUGAUGUUCAGGAUGGUGGCGAAACUAUGUUUCCGUUUGAGAAUGGCUUGAACAUGGAUGGUAGCUAUGGCUACGAAGACUGCAUUGGUUUAAAAGUAAAGCCAAGACAGGGAGACGGGCUUCUAUUUUAUUCACUGUUCCCCAACGGUACAAUCGAUCAGACAUCACUGCAUGGGAGCUGCCCUGUGAUAAAGGGGCAGAAGUGGGUGGCUACGAAGUGGAUAAGGGAUCGUGAUCAAGAACAGGAUGAUUAGAUAAUUGGCGCCUGCAAUUCAGAUUCUGUUUUAUACAGGAUGAUUAAUGAUUAUCAGCCCAUGAUGUAAUUUAUGGUCAAUCAGAUCAGAUGAAUAAUCAAGGGAAAAUUUUGAUCACAUCUUGAUCAGAUGCUCAAAGUGUAUAACAAACGUGUAGUUUUACAAGUUGUAACUUUUUUGUCGAAUGGGUUCCAAUUAAAUUGAGCGGCCUCGUUAGCCUUUUCCACUU